ACGUGACCUGACGUUUGGCGCGAAAAGCUGAAGGUGGAAGGAGGAGGAUGGCGGACGAGCCGGCGCUGAGGGAGGCGCAGCGGGAGUACCUCGACUUCCUGGACGAUGAGCAAGAUCAGGGGAUUUACCAGAGCAAAGUGAGCGAUAUGAUCAAUCAAAACUUGUACCGGCUGAUUGUCAACAUUAAUGAUCUGCGGCGAAAGAAUGAGAAAAGAGCACACCAGCUACUGAACAACUCGUUUGAAGAGCUCUUGGCCUUCCAGCGAGCCUUGAAGGACUUUGUUGCCUCCAUUGAUGCCACGUAUGCCAAACAGUUUGAGGACUUCUACAUUGGUCUGGAAGGCAGCUUUGGGUCCAAGCAUGUCAGCCCAAGAACCUUGACCUCGCGUUUCCUCAGCAAUAUUGUCUGUGUGGAGGGAAUUGUAAUCAAAUGUUCAUUGGUACGUCCAAAAGUUGUCCGAAGUGUCCACUAUUGUCCUGCCACAAAGAAAACCAUCGAACGCAAGUAUACGGACAUGACUUCCCUUGAAGCUUUUCCUUCCAGUGCCAUCUACCCAACUAAGGAUGAGGAGAAUAAUCCCCUAGAGACAGAGUUUGGACUAUCAUUGUACAAGGACCACCAGACCAUCACCAUUCAGGAAAUGCCAGAGAAGGCUCCUGCUGGCCAGCUCCCUCGCUCAGUUGACAUUAUUCUGGACAACGAUCUGGUGGAUGUGGUCAAGCCUGGUGACCGGGUACAGGUUGUUGGUACCUACCGCUGCCUGCCAGGCAAGAAGAAUGGCUAUACCUCUGGGACAUUCAGAACGAUUCUGAUUGCGUGCCAUGUCAAGAUGAUGAGCAAGGAGGUAUCCCCCAUGUUUUCUGCAGAUGAUGUGGCCAAGAUCAAGAAAUUCAGCAAGUCACGUUCAAAGGACAUCUUUGAGCAGCUGGCCAGGUCCUUGGCCCCUAGUAUUCAUGGACAUGAAUACAUCAAGAAGGCUAUUCUCUGCCUGCUGCUGGGGGGUUCAGAGAAACUCCUGGAGAACGGAAGCCGGAUUCGCGGUGAUAUCAACAUCCUAUUAAUAGGUGACCCGUCAGUGGCGAAAUCGCAGCUCCUGCGUUACGUGCUGUUCAGUGCUCCACGUGCUAUCCCAACCACUGGCCGUGGUUCCACUGGGGUGGGUUUAACUGCAGCAGUCACCACUGACCAAGAAACCGGAGAGCGACGCCUUGAGGCUGGUGCCAUGGUUUUAGCUGACCGAGGUGUCGUCUGUAUAGAUGAGUUUGACAAGAUGUCUGACCUGGACCGCACCGCUAUCCAUGAAGUGAUGGAGCAAGGACGAGUGACUAUUGCUAAAGCUGGCAUUCAUGCCAGGCUCAAUGCCAGGUGCAGUGUGCUGGCUGCAGCUAACCCUGUCUAUGGAAAGUACAACCAGUAUAAAACCCCGAUGGAGAACAUCGGUCUGCAGGAUUCGCUGCUGUCCCGCUUUGACCUGCUGUUCAUCAUGCUGGACCAGAUGGACCCAGAGCAGGACCGGGCUGUUUCUGAACACGUGCUGCGAAUGCACAGGUACAGAGCUGCAGGCGAGCAGGACGGUGAUGCCUUGCCCCUGGGCAGUGCUGUUGACAUCCUGGCGACAGAGGAUCCUGAUGCCUUGCAGGAGGAGGAACAGGAGCUCCAGGUUUAUGAGAAGCACGACAACCUUCUUCAUGGAGCCAGGAGACGAAAGGAGAAGAUCGUUAGUAUGGAAUUUAUGCGCAAGUACAUCCACGUUGCGAAGAUCGUCAAACCUGUACUUACCUCAGAGGCAGCGAACUACAUUGCAGAGGAGUAUUCCAGUCUGCGCAGUCAGGACCAGAUGAGUUCUGAUGUUGCUCGGACUUCACCUGUCACUGCCCGAACUCUGGAGACCUUGAUCAGACUGUCAACUGCUCAUGCAAAAGCCCGGAUGAGCAAGACCAUCGACCUCCAGGAUGCCGAAGCAGCAGUUGAGCUGGUUCAGUUUGCUUACUUUAAGAAGGUGUUGGAGAGACAGAAGAAGCCACGCAAAGAUGAGAGUGACAUGGAGACGGAGGAGGAGGAGGUUAGCCAGGAAGGUGGCGACAGCAAGAAGAGAAGGAAGCCUCAAGCGAAGCAUGGUGAAGGCAGGAAGCGGAGACGGGAGCUGGUGGAGGGUGAACAGUAUGACCCCUACGACUUCAGCGAUGCUGAGGAAGAGACUCCAGACAUGCAGCCACGCACUCCAAAGACCCCAGAAGCUGGCGAGCAUGUGGACACCAGUGACGGAACUGCCAAGACUAUGCUGAGUGAACAAAGGUUCAAAGCAUUCAAAAGUGCCCUGUUAGAUGCUUUCAAGGCUGCACAUGCUCAGUCCCUUGGAAUGCAAACUCUGAUGGCUUCAAUCAACAAAGGAAAUGAGGUUCCAUUCUCUGAGGAGGAGGUGCAGACUGCUCUUGACAAGAUGCAGGAAGACAACCAGAUCAUGGUGUCGGAUCACAUCAUCUUCCUAAUCUAAAGCAGAGGGCUUCAAUGUCCACCUCUGCAUCAAACAGAAUUAAAGGCACAGUGGGGUGUGACUGAGGGACAUUCUGAUAGCUUAAAUAUAGCCAAAUUUUAAAUAAAUUAGAUUUUCCUGACCCUGCUUCACGCAAUCAUUUUCGAUUCACUUCAAGAGCUUGAGUUCCAUGUAGGUAGCCAUGUAGGUAGACUGCAGGGAGGGGUUGCCAGUGGUGGUUGAAGAAGGAAAGCACAUCAUCAUAUGUACACAAGCUAAUUUCUUUAGGGUUACACAGCUGCUUAUUGUCAGGUAUGGUUGAAGCUGGUUAUGUUCAGCUCAAAUGGGGUUUGAGGUCCUGUUGACAUUGCAAAUGCUGCUGAUCAACAUCCAGGGAUAUGUUGGUGAGGACAGAACUUCCAGCAGCGCAGGAAGAGCUGGGCUGCUGUUUGUUUUGAGGGGUAGGUUUGGAUCUUUCUUCGAAAUGGAAGGGCUAAACUCUGGAUUUUACACUUGUGCAAGUCCCAGAGGUGGUUGAAGUGUUUAAAAGGGUUGGAUUGAGGUAGAUGAGCAAAGUGGCACUUCUUCCUUCUGAAGAUUCAGAAGGAGCUGCAUCAUACUUUGGUUUCCCUUGUCUUGCACCCAAGCUGUACCUCAGGAUAGGUUGGGCAUGGUUGUUCUUACCCUUCCCAGUAUCCCACUAAUUCAGGGCCCCUUGACAUCCAAGGCAAAUGCUGCAUCAGCCAAUGAUCAAUCAUUCCAUUGGUGUGAAGAUCGGGGUUCAGUGAAGCAGUCUGGUGCUACACUUUGCCCAUGUGAUUGGACUUUGCUGAAAGCUGUAUGCCAGUUUAUGGCAGCACCUUUUGACUUCAGAAUGGUUAGGCCUGACAUUGCAAGAGUGGCCUUGCAGCAGUCACUGCAGGUCAAGGCUCUGACCUCUGACCUGAUGGUGCAAACCGUUGGGUCCUCCCUUGUUGACUACCUGCGGAGGUUAAUUACAAGCACACUGUAAACCUGAUUUCCACUGAAAUGGAUGAACAGCUGAGUGAAGUUGCAUCAUGUUGAAUUGCGUUACUGCUUGUGAAAAGAUUUUUUGUAAUAAAAUUGAAUUUGUUUUCUCA